AUGGGCCAACACAACCUAACGAUGCUGACUGAAUUCAUUCUAGCUGGAGUUACACGUCGUCCUGAACUGCAGCUCCCUCUUUUCGGGGUUUUCUUCAUCAUCUACAUGAUCACAGUGACAGGCAACUUAGUCUUGAUCAUCUUGACCAAAGUGGACGCCCGCCUAAACACUCCUAUGUAUUUUUUCAUCAGACACUUGGCCUUCAUUGAUCUUGGUAAUUCUACUGUUAUUUGUCCAAAGAUGCUGGUAAAUUUUAUUGUGGAUCAAAAUACCAUUUCUUUUUAUGAAUGUGCCACACAGCUGGCUUUCUUUCUUUUCUUCAUCAUCAGUGAAUUUUUUAUUCUGUCAGCCAUGGCCUAUGAUCGCUACGUAGCCAUCUGUAACCCUCUGCUCUACAAUGUUGUCAUCUCUCCCAGACUUUGUCAUGUGCUUGUGGGCGUUCCCUACCUCUACAGUACCUUUCAGUCUCUCAUGUUCACCACCAAGAUUUUUACAUUAACCUUCUGUGGCUCUCAUAUCAUUAGUCAUUUCUACUGUGAUGAUGUUCCCUUGAUACCUAUGCUCUGCUCAAAUGCACAAGAAAUACAGUUGUUGAUCAUAAUGUUCUCAGCAUUUAAUUUGAUUUCCACAAUGCUGGUAAUCCUUGUGUCUUAUGUGCUGAUUCUGAUUACCAUCUUUCGAAUGAAUUCUGCUGAAGGCAGGAAAAAAGCUUUCUCCACAUGUGGUUCUCAUCUGACAGUGGUGGUCGUGUUCUAUGGGUGCCUACUUUUUAUGUAUCUACAGCCCAAAUCUGCUCAUUCAUUUGAAACGGACAAGAUGGCCUCUGUGUUCUACACUUUAAUCAUCCCCAUGCUUAACCCCUUGAUCUAUAGCUUAAGGAACAAGGAGGUGAAAAAUGCCUUUCACAGAUUUAUUAAUAAUGUAUGUAGUCUUUGA